AUGAAUCGACUCUUUACAAGAUGUUCUCGGCUCAGAUGGGCAUCUACUAGUCUAUCGUUUGGGUAUUCCUUGCCUUUAUCCAGACUGCUGUCCUCCAGCAGUCGGAUCUCAUCGCAGAUUCCAUCACAGAUCCCACCACAGAUCCCACCGCAGACUCCAUCACAGAUUCAGUCCAAACUGGACCAGACCAGCAUUCCUACUCCAGUGAAGCUGAUUAGCAUUGCAUCUUUGAUACCUUUUAUCGGUACUGCUGCUGGUGCUGUUUACAUGCCUGAAGCAGUCAUGCUCAUCUCUGAAACUCAAGCCAUUUAUGGAUGUGUAGUCAUGUCGUUUGCUGGAGCCAUACAUUGGGGUCUAGCCAUGUCUUCAUUCGGAGCUCCAUCAACAGCAUCUAGAUACGUUUUAAGCGUUCUUCCUGCAGCAUGGGCGUUUGCAACUGUCGCAUUGGUACCUCAUAUUCCUGUUCGUCUUAUCUUUGAAGCGGCUGGGUUUGCUGUCAUGCUCAUUGGAGAUCUAAUGGCACAUAAAAAGAAACUAUGUCCUUCUUGGUACUUGGGUCUACGAUUCUGGAUGAGCAGUAUAGCCAUUGCCUGUUUGGGAACAAAUAUAUAUAUUGCUUGGUGA